UCAGGAUUUGCAGAUAGCCAGGCAAUCAUGCGUCCUCUGUCUGUGUCAUGUCUCUUCUUGGUUCUGGCCUCCGCGUCCGGCUUGGCCAUGGAGGAAGCAUUGAGGGCAUCUGAAUGCGGAGGCAAUCUGGUUGUGGAUGAUGAAGUGACGCUGAGAAGCCCCGAUUAUCCCAACUCUUACCGUAACAAGGCGAGAUGCCGUUGGAAGGUGACUGCUAGUGAUGGCAACUCGAAACUGGAGAUGCAGUGUUCCACAUUCGAUGUUCAGGCAUCGAAAGAUUGCAAGAAGGACAAGCUGGUAGUGAAGCAGGGAAACAAAGAGUUGAAGCGCUUUUGUGGCGAAGGCCCCAAAAGUUUCACUUCUGAUUCCAGCGAACUAAAUUUCAUAUUCAAGAGCAAUCGACGGGUGUCUAAGAAGGGCUUCGAAUGCACUGUGCGGAAGGUGAGCCAAGACACCUCCCAAGGACUCUGGACUAACACACAGCCUCCAAACACCAACAAGCCAGAAACCACUAAAGCCCCAACUAAACCCGAAACCACCGAGGCCCCAACUAAGCCCGAAACCACCGAGGCCCCAACUAAACCCGAAACCACCGAGGCCCCAACUAAACCCGAAACCACCAAGGCCCCCACUCAACCUUCUGGCGAUGGGAAAUGUGAGUGUGGAGUGCCCAACCUAAACCGCAUUGUGAACGGUAACACAGUGAGUCCUGCACACAAAUAUCCGUGGCACGUGGGACUAAAAAAGAGAAACGGGUUGUCAUACUGGUGCGGCGGAGCCAUCAUCAAUAACAAGUACGUCCUCACUGCCGCUCACUGCUUCUUUAACCAAGAAGGCGAACGUGAAUCUGAUGAAGGGCUGGUGGUGGGCGUGGCUGAUCACGACAUGACGACCACAUCAGAUGAUGUUUCUGGGGUGACACGCUUGGUUAAUGUGAAAAAGGUUAUCCUCCAUUCCAAAUACGAUCCUAAAGGGUACGACUAUGACAUAGCACUGCUGCAGCUGGAGGAGACACUUGACCUCAGCAAGAACAAACAGUUACGCGCCGUAUGUCUGCCCAAGGAUGACUCCAAGAAUUAUGCAGGGAUGAAGGGCAUUGCUAGUGGUUGGGGACGACUGGUGACAGGCGGGAAACAGCCAGACAAGCUGCAGGAGGUGGUGCUGCCAAUUCUGGACACAAAUUGUUGGAACUUCCAAAUCAGUGAAAGGAUGUUGUGUGCUGCAGAUCAAGAGGGCAAAAAGGAUACCUGCCAAGGGGACUCUGGCGGACCGCUCUAUGUAGAGGAAAGCUCCAAGCUCGUUCAGGUCGGUGUGACCUCCUUCGGCUUCGGUACUUGCGCCGAGAAAGGUAAACCCGGAGCCUACGCCAGGGUGUCCAAAUUCCUUGGCUGGAUAAAGGAAAACACCGCCGAUGCAACCUACUGUCAGUAAUGGGUUAGACAGAGACCAUUACUCAUUCAUUUCCCAGUAUGUACAACAUGCCUAUAGUUUAUAGUUUUUUUUUUUUUUUUUUAACAGAGGCGAAUCUAAUCCUGCGAUUAGUAGAAUGUUGUGAACUUCAGAAUAAAAAUAUUCUUUAAAAA